AAAGUGACAGCGGACAGUAAUAAUGGUCGGCAUUACUGUUAUCCCCAUUUGACGUGCGCAGUCGAUACGGAGAAUAUCCGUCGGGUUUUCAAUGACUGCCGUGACAUCAUCCAAAGAAUGCAUCUCCGCCAAUAUGAACUGCUGUAG